AUGUUUAAUCAAUUUACGACCGCUAAGACCAACAGGAGAAAUGUUUGUCCACACGAAGAAGUGGAAAUAGUGACUGUUAAACAGCCAUGUGUAGAACGAUAUACAAAAUAUGUGAGGACAAGAAAACCUGGAUGUAAUGGACGAUUUAAAAGUUGUUCCGUGAGAGAACCGAAGACAAUCUACUUUCACACCUACAAAAAGGUGAAUCGAACACGACGACAUACGAUAGCCGAAUGUUGUCCAGGAUGGGUGCAUUUGCCGGGGAUGGACGGAUGUCAACGAGCAAACUGCACGACGGAUUUAUGUCAUAACGGAGGUACUUGCAUUCCUUUCCAAAAUGGAACUGAGGACAUUUGUCAAUGCGCUCCAGGAUUCACAGGAGCGAAGUGCCAGUACGAUAUCAACGAAUGUAUCGUGGAUAACGGUGGAUGUCAUCACGACUGUGUAAACACAAUCGGUACCUUCUAUUGCAGAUGUUGGGCCGGAUUUGAAUUGGAGGAGAAUGGCAGGCACUGUAAAGACAUCGACGAAUGUGCGAUAUCUAAUGGUGGAUGCUCGCAUCGUUGUGUGAAUUCUCCUGGAGGACAUCGUUGUGAAUGUCCUCCUGGAAUGCAGAUCAACUCUGGUGGAAGAAAAUGUGUUGAUUCAAACAGCUGCGCUGCUGACAACGGUGGUUGUGAUCAUAUAUGUGAAGAAAAACUGGGCAGAUUCUACAGAUGUAAAUGUAAACACGGCUACCGUCUAGGAGAUGACAAGAAAAAGUGUCAUCCCAUUGAUCCAUGCCUGGAUAAGAAAGGUGGUUGUCACCAUCACUGUGUGAACGAAAAUGGUCGAGCGAGGUGUCAGUGCUUUGCCGGAUAUCGAUUGGCCUAUGACAGGAAAACUUGUGUCGAUAUUGACGAAUGCACGGUUCAAAAAGGUGGAGGAUGUCAACAUGAAUGUGUCAACACCUAUGGGUCAUACAGAUGCCGCUGCCGUCCGGGUUUUACUCUUGCCGAAGAUGGUCGGUCGUGUGAUGAACGACUAACCGGUUGUCAAAUAGCAAAUGGUGGAUGUCAGCAUGAUUGCUACGAUCAACCAGACGGUGGACAUCUAUGUAAAUGCAGGGAUGGGUAUGAAUUAGCAGCUGAUGGGAUGAGUUGCAAAGACAUCAACGAAUGUUCAGUGGGGAACGGAGGUUGUUCUCAGCUCUGUAUUAAUCUACCGGGCUCCUUCGAAUGUCAAUGUAAACCGGGCUAUAUUAUGACGUAUGACAGGAGGACUUGUGAAGACAUCAACGAAUGCGUGUCAAACAACGGUGGAUGCCAAAGUUUGUGCACCAAUACACCAGGAAGUUAUGAGUGCGCUUGUGAGGAUGGCUAUCGGUUGGCUGAGGACGGUCAUUCAUGUUAUGAUAUAAACGAGUGUCUCGUAAACAACGGAGGAUGCAGUCAACUUUGUCGCAAUGAUGAAGGUGACAGGCAUUGCGAGUGUUUUGGCGGUUAUGUGCUUGGGAAGGACGGAAGAACAUGCAUGGCUGCUCUGUCCGCCUCUCUACCUAUUGUUGCGUCACACGUCGUUACACAUCGAAAACAACUGGAUGACACAAUUGAUGUUGAUGGGACAUCGUUGGAUCGACUAAUCGAUAACAUUGAGAACUAUCCUGGAGACGGGACCGAGCGUCCUAUCUCAUCGUAUAGUUUCAGCUUCAAUCGACUGCGUAAAGCUUGCGGCCAUGGGGAAUUUGGCUCGCAUUGUCAGUAUACGUGCAGUGAUUGUAAAAAUGGUGGUUCUUGUAACCACGAUAACUCCACAUGCGAAUGCCCACCAGGAUUCACAGGUGACAUAUGCGACGAUAUGUGCCCGGAUGGAAGAUGGGGAGACGGAUGUAACCAGAUAUGUGGAUGUGAUGGUAAAAGCUGUGAUCCUGUGACAGGAAGUUGCCGUUGUACUUCAGCUGAGGAGUGUCCUCAAGGACCGUGUCCUCCUGGUUUUUACGGACCCAUGUGUGAACUAAAAUGUCGUAUGCAAUGUCCAGAUGGACGCUGUGACCCAGUUUAUGGGUACUGUACUUGUGAAGAGGGAUUAUAUGGAGAGCACUGUGACAAACCAUGUCCGAAUUUUGUCUUUGGACGUAACUGCAGACACACUUGCAAAUGUUCACGAGAGAAUAGCGAGGGUUGUGAUAGCAAGACAGGAAAAUGCAUAUGUCGAGCUGGUUUCUACGGUCCGUUGUGCAAACGACGUUGUCCUAUUGGUUUCUAUGGACCCAGUUGUGCGAAGAGAUGUCAGUGUGCUGAUGGGCAACGCUGUGACGCGGUUACUGGAGACUGUACCAAAAAGUGUCCUCCUGGUUACACUGGAGAGCUUUGUGAUAAAGUGUGUGCACCAGGAACGUACGGUUACGAUUGUGAGCAUCGAUGUAGAUGUUCGAAACCAGGGCAACCUAAAGCAUGUCACCAUGUUACCGGCACAUGUUCAUGCCUUCCAGGACUCACUGGAGUGAUGUGUGAUACACCCUGUCCCGCUGGCCUCUACGGUCCAAACUGUGCCUUUGAGUGUUCUUGCCAGAACGGUGCUGAGUGUAAUGCCAAGGACGGCUCGUGCAUAUGUCCCCCUGGUUUCUAUGGAGCGAGUUGUAGUGAAGUAUGCCCAUCCGGAAGAUUUGGAAUAGACUGUAUGAAACUGUGUAAUUGUCAAAAUGGCGCUGUAUGCAGUCCAGUUGAUGGCAAAUGUGAAUGUCGUCCGGGAUGGAUGGGCGAUAAAUGCGAGAAACCGUGUGAGCAGGGUUUUCAUGGGAAGGACUGCUUAAAACGAUGCGAUUGUGCGGAUAGUAUGCACUGCGACCCUUCAGAUGGUGAAUGUAUCUGUCCACCGGGAAAAAGAGGAGCCAAAUGCGACCAAGAAUGCGAAGCCGGUCAUUUUGGAGCUGGCUGUCGUGGAAUAUGUGUCUGCUCCAAUGGCGCAUCAUGUGACGGUGUAUCCGGAGCUUGUAUAUGCGCCCCUGGAUGGAGAGGGAAAAGGUGCGACCGCCCUUGUCCCGACGGACGUUACGGUGAUGAAUGCCGUUUUAUAUGCGACUGCGCUACCACAAACGAUACGAGUUUGUAUAACCCCUUCGUGGCGAGAUGUGAUCACAUAACUGGAGAUUGUCGCUGUCCUCCAGGAUGGACGGGUCCAGAUUGCGCAACACCAUGUCCUCCGGGAAGGUGGGGAUCCGGCUGUAGCAGCGAGUGUGAUUGCUCAAAUGGAGCUACAUGUGAUCGGCUCACUGGCUUUUGUGAUUGUCCGGCUGGAUUCAUGGGAAAGAAUUGUGAAACAGCUUGUCCAUCUGGAUUAUGGGGAGCAAACUGUAUUCAUCACUGUCUAUGUAUGCAUGACGGCGGUUGCAACCCAAAGACCGGAGAAUGCACUUGCGCAGCUGGAUGGACUGGACCAGCCUGCGAGUUCUUGUGUCCAUUUGGCCAGUACGGACUGAACUGUGAAUUACGAUGUGAUUGCAAAAAUGGGGCCAGCUGUAAUAAAACGACCGGUGAAUGCGAAUGUUUGCCGGGUUGGAGAGGAGAGAGGUGCGACCUCCAGUGCCCAUCUGGCCAUUUUGGUCCAAACUGCGAAGAAGUUUGCGAAUGUGAAAAUGGAGCAACGUGUGAUCCAAUCAGCGGGCAUUGCUCUUGUCAACCUGGAUGGCGAGGGCGGAAGUGUAAUAGACCAUGCCUCAAAGGUUACUUUGGACGCCACUGUUCACAAACAUGUCGAUGUUCGAAUCAAAAGCCGUGUGAUCAUAUAACUGGAAAAUGUCAAUGUCCCAAAGGGUACGCUGGGCAUGGAUGCACGGAGCUAUGCCCGGAAGGGACAUAUGGAGAAGGCUGUCGGAAGAAAUGCGAAUGCCAUGAAAAUGCUGAUUGUGAUCCAAUAAGCGGCAAAUGUUUCUGUAAGCCAGGCUACUUUGGUGAUGACUGCAAAACUGGUUGUGUGCAAGGCCGCUUUGGCGCUGAAUGUUCGGAGCUAUGCGAAUGUGCAAAUGGAGGAGUUUGUGACAAGGAGAAUGGAUCAUGCAUCUGUCCCCCAGGUUUUAUAGGCACGAAAUGUGAUACGCCAUGUCCAGCUGGGCGUUACGGAGACAAUUGCGAAAAAGUAUGUUCUUGCGAGAAUGGCGGCACAUGUGAUCGGUUGUCCGGUCAGUGCAAAUGCGCUCCCGGAUUUACAGGCCUCACUUGUAAUCAGGUCUGCCCGGAGGGACGAUGGGGACCAGGCUGUAAGGACAAAUGUCGAUGCAGUAACGGAGCGCACUGUGAUCCCACAACUGGCGAGUGCAGAUGUAACCUCGGGUAUAUGGGGACCACUUGUGAGCAGAGCUGUCCCUCAGGAAAAUAUGGCUUAAAUUGUACCCUUGAUUGCGAAUGCCAUGGAAAUGCGAGAUGCGAUCCAGUCCAAGGAUGUUGCGACUGUCCGCCGGGCCGGUAUGGAACCAGAUGCCAAUUUGUUUGUCCUGUCGGUUUCUAUGGUUGGUACUGUAGCCAGUCGUGCUCCUGUCAGAAUGGAGCCUCUUGUGAACCAGGAGAUGGGCAAUGCCUGUGUCCCCCAGGGUUUGAAGGAGACCAUUGUGAAUCUUCGUGCAAAAAUGCCACGUACGGCCCUCACUGUCAGCUUAAGUGUGACUGUGGUGAUUAUCCCUGUGACCCACGAGAUGGUACUUGUUUGUGUCCUGUGGGACUCAGUGGUCCCAAGUGCCAGCAAGUAUGUCGUCAAGGGAGAUACGGAGAAAAUUGCCAGCACAAGUGUCAAUGUUAUAAUGGUGCGACGUGCGAUCGAAAGACGGGCCGCUGUAGCUGUGCUCCCGGAUACUUAGGACCUACUUGUCAGCACGAAAUGCGAGAUCCAAACAGUGUAGCGAAACGAGGUGACCUGCCUGAAGAUUGGGAAUGGCGGGCACGACGGCUAAAGCUGGUAAGGCCGGGCACGAAGGCCGGAGCAGAUGUCUUGGAGACAAAGAUGUUUGAAACCAAUGCUAGCAAGGGCAGUGCUGAUGCUACUAAGCUUUAG